GUAGAGUCGUAGUUAGCUUUGACAGAUCCAUCGCUGGACGUGUUUUAUUAUGUAUUUUUCGAUUGGUGUCGAAACUUUUCACACAUUUUAAACACCAAUUCCAACAAAUUCAAAUGUAUUGUUAAAUGUUAAGCGGUCGAACAAUCUCGCGCGGCCCAAAGUGUAUAGAAGCCAUUCCCAUACCCAUUCGACGACAAACCGAGUUCUCUAUUUUCUAUGUGAAGCAUCGACAAGCCGUCCAACACUGCGCCGGCAAGACAGCGUAAGCAACCGUUAAGCAACCCCGAAUCGAGCAGAAAUCGAGAAUUAAAAGAAUCAAAGAAAUGUUGGCACGCAAAUCCCAACUGACUCCGCGGACACCGCCCGUCCACGAGCGCAUCGCCCUGCUGUGCGCCCGGAACAUCUGCAAGCUGGCCGCUGCUUUGCCCAAGCCGCGCACUCGAUCCGGCUAUUUGCCAGUGCUGGUGGAGCUGCGCCGCACCGACGAAAAUGUCGUCUAUCGCUACCAAGUGAACCUGCCGCCGAACUGUCUGGAAGGCGACGGUCAGCAGAUGAGCAUGGCCCAGGCCAAGGCGAUCACUCAGCAACUGAAGCUGCCCUGUCUGGUGCACGGCGCCCUGGAGCCCAGCGCACAGCCCCAGGCCGUGCUGCCAAUGGUGACCGAAGAUGGCGAGGCACCGCAGCUGAUCCUGAUGCAGGAUGCUGUGCAUGUGGUGCACGAACGUGAGGACUACGAGAACAUGGGCCCCACGCCCAGCAACGACGGCAUCACCACGUUCCAGAACGCGGCCUAUGCCAGCGGCGCAUCGAAGAUCACGCGCGACCAUUUCAUGGCCGUGCUGCACAACCAGCGCCCCAGUCCGUUGCAGUUCGAGACGCUCUGGGCGGACCAGCACUUGGAGGGGCUGGAGAGUAUUGAGCAAGUGAUCAAUGCCUGCCAGCCACGCCCCAUCGAGCUACCGGGCUUACACGAGCCGUUCACAGCGCGUGACAAUAAGGCCGAGUCCCAGCUGCAGCUGAAGCCAUAUACUGGCCUUGGACAGGCCUCCGCACCAAAGGCUCGGUCAGGUAACUUCCGGGGCAAUGGGCAUCAAUACAACCCAACUUCGCGGGGGCUGGCAAGCGUGCGCGAGGAGCGGCUGCCCAACAGGCCGCUCAACGGCUACAAGCAGCAGCGCAAGCCCAGCAGGAGCCAAAGCUUCGCCAACAGCACUGAGCGAAUGCGUUGUCAGCCGAAGAGACUCGGCAACGGCAACGGCAAUCGCGAGGCGCCGAGCCAACCGGCGUUGGGCUCGAGUGGCUACAGGCCGCAGCCCUACGAGCCGGCAUUCUAUUGCAGCAUCAAGGACUACAUUGCCAACCAGCAGCAGUCGCGGCAGCGCAUCUAUCUGCCCAGUGGCGAUCCGCUGGAGUAUCGCAUGGAGGGAUCGUCACCCCUCUAUGCGCACCAGCCGCGCGGCGACAGCAAUGGCCAACCCUUGCAUGGGCAGAGGCAGCUGCUCAUGCGACAGAAACUGGAGCAGGAGCUCGACUAUCAGCGGCUGAUCGAGCAGCAAAAGUAUAAGCGCAGCUCUACGGAACCGUCGACCACACCGCAAGUUCCGCAAGAGCUGCAGUCGCUGUUCCACUGGGACUGCUGCCACCUGUGCCACACGGCAAUGCGCACGAUGCGCAACGCCCUGGACCAUUACCUGUCGCGGACGCACCUGCGUCGCGUGGACUCGUGGCUGAUACGCUACAGCUUCGUCAAGGGCAACCUGUCCGAGGAUAUGCUGCGGCACCUGCGCAGCUCGGGACCCGCCGUGCUGCACUGUGACCUGUGCGACCUGAAGCUGACCUCGGUCAUACACGCGCGCCAGCACUUCUACGGGCGGCGGCAUCGGCUCGUGGAGCGGCACAUCAGCAAGCCGAACGGCGAGGGCUACUACGACAAGACGGGCCGCUGGGUGCGCACCAACGACAAGUGGCUGAUGUGCAAGCUUUGCGACGUGAUUGUCACCUCGGAGUCGCAGCUGUCCAUACACAUGGCCGGGCUGCGCCAUCGCAAACGGGAGCGCUCCAGCGGUCCGGGCUCCAUGUUGGAGCCGUUCGAUGGCAGCCACGUUUACCGCAUCAAUGCGAAUGGGUCGCUGGUGCCGCUGAAUCCGCUCGGCUGCUACUUGUAUUCCGGCUAUAACAAGCCGGACUUUCGUAAGAUCAACGAUCUGAAUGCCGCCUACUACUGCGAGGUCUGCAACAUAACGCUAAAUCACCUAAAGUCGGUGAAACAACACGAGGAGGGGCGUGUGCAUAGGAAGAGGCUGGAGAGGGUCAUGCAAUAGAAGAGUGGACUUGAAGAAGAAGAAGAAGAAGACGAAUUAGAAGGAAUAUAAUGUGAAGAAGAACAAGAAGAAUUAUAAGGAGAAGCAUAUAAAGGGAGUGGUGUGUAUAUGAGAGAGUGAGUCUGCGUUUCAUCUCGUAUCUACAGUAUUUAUCGAAGCUAUGGAAUGUCAGCAGAGCCCCAGCCCCAAACCAGACGAACGGGCCGAGUGCUGUGCCGUAUUAUUGACAAUUUACUUUUUGAACUAUCUAWCCUUUUCAUAUGUUUUAUAAUAGAAUUGCGCAUAAACAACAAAUG